CUCCACCAUUUCGCUGCGUCUAAAGUCUCCUCCCCGCAAAUGCUAGAUUCGGCGAGCCGAACCCGCUCUCUUUCGGUCCGUAUUUUAACUUCUUCCCACGGACCUAGUCGUACCUCGUUGGGUACCGAGAGACAGUUUGGAAUACUAUCAUCACGGAUUGAGUAAGAUUUUAUCCGGAUGACGACUCCUUCAAUAAGAAUUUAGUAAAAGAAAACAGCUCGGAAAUUUCAGAGUAUGUGGACCGGACCUUAAUCAGCAUCCUGGAAGAGGAAAGCACGGAGGAUCUGUGUCCCACACCACAGACAGGUGCAGUGUGUAGCCAGAGCUGCACAGAGGGAGGAAGCUCUGGGGAGGAGGUGGUGCAACAGUGCACCCCUCCGACUGUGCUGGGUGUCGACCCCCAGGCUGAGCAUUAUGUGGCUGGGUCAUCCCAGCAUGCCCUGCAUCCAGUCCCUGCUGCGCCCCUGCCACCACUGGAUAACACGGCCACGUCACAGCCAGAAAGACGCAUACACGUCAGUGAAAAGAACUCACCCACAGAGAGUCACCCCAACGGCAAAACUAAGGACAGCCGUGAAGAAGGGGCUAUGUCGGAUAGUGGUGCUGAGGUUGUCCAAGGAGGAUUGGGCCCAUCGCACCCCAAGGAUCCUAGUGUCUCUACAGAGUCUCACUCAGACAGAUUCUCUGACAUACAGACGGAAGGAACAGAGCAAGAUUUGCAUUACGGGUCACAAACUGGUAACCGCAGCCACACAGACAGACAGACGGGCGCUGCUGGACCAGGUCAGGACCAGGCUCUGCAGCAGGGAGGUGCAGGUGGAAUGGUGGUCAUCAGUGGGACAGAACAUCAACAGCCUCUCCCGGAGACAGAGAAAUUGGAAUAUAAACAAGAGACUGGAAUGGAGGAACUUAGCAGGGAACACCCAGCUAGAAACCUUUCCUCUGAAUCCUUCUCAACGGCCUCCCCUCUUCCCCUCAGCCCAAAUAAAGAUAAAGUCCCAGACCACAAAGAAGACAGAGGGAUGGAGCAGCCUCAAACAACUCUGCCUACUCAGGCGACUCAGGCCAGCCACAGACCUCUGUCUGAGCAGUCCAUCACUGACAACUGUGAGAGGAAACAAACCGACAUCUCCACAGAACCUAAAAUCACCAUGCAGAACUCAAAUGACGACAAAGGAGAGAUGCCGGGAGCUAAUGCUGUGGAGCAGGGACCACAAGAACCUGAAAUACCUACAGAACCAUCUGAGAGUGGACAUGUCCCACUUGGGAGUACACACACACAAAUGCCACUCCCAGCCCCACCAACUGACGUAUCCGGGACCCCACAGCCAGGAGCUAAAUACUCUGGACUUGUACCCUACACGCCUCCUGGCAGUGGAAAUUCCACCCCAAGCUACUCAACUGACCGGCAGAGUGAGAGCGAUAAUGAAAAAAGUCCACCUCAACCGAAGGAACAGAUUGAGGCUAACGGGGCAGAGGAGGAGACUGAAAUGGCUGAGCCCUCAGCCAACCUUACAAUCCAGUCACAAAGCUCUUUUCUACACGAGACGUCAAGAACAGCAGCAACCCCUCAUGUCCACCACCACCUCAGUUUAGAACUAGACUCAAUACAGACAGAACAAUCUGUUGAAGUUCAGAUGUCUAAUCCUGAGCACGUAACAAGGAUGGAGACUCCACUGGUGUCUGCGCAUGUCCUCUCAACUGACACUGAAGGAGCUGUGAUGCUUGGAGGAGAGACCAGCUUGGAGUUGUCUGAGGUGGUGCAGGUUAAUCAGUGUAUCCUCCCGGAAGAACAUGAUGUUAAUGAAUUAAACUCUGAACUUUCUUCUGGAGAAACAAAGUUGUUUAUUGAAGGGACCCAUUCGGAUAUCGAAAUGUCCCAACUGGCUGCUGGAGAAUUUGAGAUUUAUAGCUUUGCAGAGGAGGAGAUUGCAACAGAAGUUGUUGGAGAGAGACUGUCUCUCUCCCCAAGCUAUGAAGUAAACUUAUUCAACCCACUCAUUGAACACUCUGAGAAUUGUACAGCCAGUGAGGGACAAGACAUACACCUGCCAUCUCCCCCUCAAACGGGUAAUGACAAUGAUCAAGCCAUUAUCCAGCAAGGCCCCCUUUCAUCAGAUCACGGUCUCUCAGAAAUGGAGGUCUGUUCAAAUGACUUUAUUCCUAGUCUGUCCACACAAGAUGUAGAGAUGACUGAUGAAAGAUAUAAUUUAGAACCCGAAAACACAACUACUGAAGUGGACGCUGCUGUGGUGGAAGAUUCAAGUGAGGUUGAUUUAGUCAUAACUGUCCCAGGAUCAGAUACAACAGUUGGACAGGCGGACACUUGUACACAAGCUACAGCACCUUGUAUGGAGACCAGCACAGCUGUCUCAGACCAUAGAGGGGUGAGCGUUUCCCCAACCACCCAUCUGAGUGACACCCAAAAGCUGCCAGGUGAAACUGAAGUAGGGUCGACGACCAGUAAGUCUUCUCUUGUCUCCCCAAUGGAAGAAUUAACAGAGGUUGUUGUACAGUCAACCAGUCAACACAGUAUUGAGGUCCUCUCCUCGCCAAUUACCGUACACUUGUCAGAGAGUAAAGGGCAGAAUUGUCCUCUUAAAGUGGUACCAGGAGUUACCUUACAAAGUACUACAGAACCUGAGUCCUGUGUUUCUUCUCAUGAAGGUCCUGAAAAUCCACAGCCCUGUCCAACUCUGACAGAAACCCCAGUGCAUACCCAGCAGGAUGUUGAUGGUGCUGUUAAUGUGACAUCAACAACCGAGGUCAAACCGGAGGCUUCCCGGUCUGCGCUCUCCUCUGGCGUCAUCGACCCAAAGCUCCUCCUAUUAAAGCGUGGGGACACCCCUCUCCUCAAACAUCCACCCUCCUUAUUGUUGGGGUUGUGCGUACAGCAAAGCAACAGCUUGACACAUCCUAGUGCUAGAAGCCCCAGCUCUGGCUCAGACACUGCGCCUGUGGUAGAGUGCCCUCCCAAAGCUGUGGCAGCCGCAGUCUCUGUGCAGGAGCCUGUGGCUCUCUGCAUUCAUAGAGGCCAGACAGAGCCCUCCGUCAAGAGAGAACCCACAGCAGCACUUCCCUCUACAAACACCCCAUCCCAGCCCCGUCUGCUCCCUCCCUCUGGUCCCACGUCAUGCAAAUCUGACAGAGGGGCAUUAACUUCGAUCAAAACUUCCAUGGGGAAAGCAGUGACAGUUUCCCAAACCCUAAACCCUCUCACCAUUGGCAACACACCUUCCAAGCACCUCUCUGACCCCAAGUUGCCCUCAACAUCAGGCAAUGUGAUGAGGAGUAGUCUCUCCAGUUCCUCCUGUGAUGGGAGCCAGUCUGGACCGCUCCCCGUUAUCCGGCCACGGCUAGCUGGUGUGAAGGGCCCAGGGAUCAGCAGCGCCAAGGAGGAGAGCAGUGAUGGGGAGGCUGACCUGGCAGUGGAGGCCAAGCCUGGCCGCAGGAGCAUGGUCACCCACAGCCCGGCAGAGAGCAAGCAUGAGCAGAGACAGAGCAGGCCAGACAGAAAGGCCCUUUUCUCAAAGGUACGCCAGUGGAUAGCAGACAGGGUCACUCCAAGUUCGUCUCCCUUCUCGCCCUGUUCUUCACCCCCCUCUCCUAGCCCAUCUUCCUCCAGUGACUGGACUCCCAGCACUACUCCCCUCGCUCUCCGAGGUCCCCGGGGAAGGUUCCUCUCCCCACCCUCUAUGGGCCUGGGAGGUUCCUCCCCAUCGGACCCGGUCACUCCCUAUCGACCCCGCAUGGAGCGUCACGCCGACAUGGCCGAACUGGCCAAACACGAAGCUGAGAUAGAGGGCAGGACCCUAGCGUUGAAGAGAGAAGGCUUCUGGUCUAUAAAGCGACUGACCCGUCUGACAGAGCCGCUCCGGCCCAAGGUACACUGGGACUACCUGUGUGAGGAGAUGCAGUGGCUCUCUGCUGACUUUGCCCAGGAGAGAAGGUGGAAGAGAGGGGUCGCCAGGAAGGUGGUGCGGAUGGUGAUGCGACACCACGAGGAGCUAAGGCAGAAGGAGGAGAAGGCCAAGCGGGACGAGCACGCCAAAAUCAGACGAGUCGCCUCCAACGUAGCAAAGGAGGUCCGGGCCUUCUGGGGCAGUGUUGAGAAGGUGGUGCAGUACAAGCAGCAGUCCCGGUUAGAGGAGAAGAGGAAGAAGGCCCUGGACCUCCAGCUGGACUUCAUCGUGGGCCAGACAGAGAAAUACUCAGACCUCCUCAGUCAGGCCCUGGAAACUGCACCGGCUGGGAACAGUGAACCUGCACCCUCGCCACCCAAAAAAUCCCUUCCGCCUGCUAUGGAUGAGGAUGACCGAGACUUUGAGCCUCCAUGUGGCGAGGAGGAAGAUGACGAGGAGACCAUCGACGUGGAGGAGGCACAGGACGGCAAUGAUGCCGAGACUCAGAGGAGGGAGAUGGAGCUGCUGAGACAGGAGGGGACCAUGUCCUUGGCAGAGUUGCUCAGCACCCUCAAACGGCCUCAUUCACAGGCCUCGGAAGAGGAGUGCUCAGACAAUUCGUCAACAACAGUGGGGGAAGACGAAGAGUUCACAGCCAACGAAGAGGAUGCUGAAGACGAGGAGGACACCAUCGCAGCCCAGGAGGUAGUGGAGGGGGAAGCUGAUCACGCAGGAGAGCUUGAUGACCUGGCUAAAGAAGGUGACAUGACUGUGGAGGAGCUGCUGGAGAAGUACAAAGGAGCGUAUGCCUCUGAUUUCGAGGAGCCCUCGGCGUCCGCCUCUCCUGCCAGCACAGAGGAAUCGGAAAAUUCCGGAGACGAGGAAGAGGAGAGCGAGGAAGAAGAAAGUGAUGUGGAGAGCAACACCACCUCUUCAGAUGACGAGGACAGUGAAGAGGACGAGGUCAGUGACAUUGAGGAAGAGGACAGUGAGGAAGAUGAGUGCGGUGAGGGGAUGGAGAUCCUGCUGAAGGAGGGGGACCACAGCCCCCCUCUGCCAAGCGGCCCGCGGCCCAAGAAGGAGAUCAGCCACAUUGCUGCUACUGCAGAGAGCCUCCAGCCCAAAGGCUAUACCCUGGCCACAACCAAGGUCAAAACUCCCAUUCCCUUUCUGCUGGUGGGCCAGCUGCGUGAGUACCAGCACAUCGGCCUGGACUGGCUGGUCACCAUGUACGAGAAGAAGCUCAACGGCAUCCUGGCUGACGAGAUGGGCCUUGGGAAGACCAUCCAGACCAUUGCCCUGCUGGCUCACCUCGCCUGUGAAAAGAGUAACUGGGGGCCCCAUCUGAUCAUCGUGCCAACCAGUGUGAUGCUGAAUUGGGAGAUGGAGCUGAAGCGCUGGUGUCCCGGAUUCAAAAUCCUCACUUACUACGGCAGUCAGAAGGAGAGGAAACUCAAGAGACAGGGUUGGACCAAGCCCAACGCUUUCCACGUGUGCAUCACCUCCUACAAGCUGGUGCUGCAGGACCACCAGGCCUUCCGACGCAAGUCCUGGCGCUACCUCAUCCUGGAUGAGGCCCAGAACAUCAAGAACUUCAAGUCCCAGCGCUGGCAGAGCCUGCUCAACUUCAACAGUCAGAGGCGCCUGCUGCUGACAGGCACCCCGCUGCAGAACAGCCUGAUGGAGCUGUGGUCACUGAUGCACUUCCUCAUGCCCCACGUCUUCCAGUCCCACCGAGAGUUCAAGGAGUGGUUCUCCAACCCCCUCACCGGUAUGAUCGAGGGUAGCCAGGAAUACAACGAGGGCCUGGUCAAGAGGUUACAUAAGGUGCUCAGACCGUUUCUGUUGAGGAGAAUCAAAGUGGAUGUGGAGAAGCAGAUGCCUAAGAAAUAUGAGCAUGUGGUGCGCUGCCGUUUGUCCAAGAGGCAGCGCUUCCUCUACGAUGACUUCAUGGCACAGGCCUCGACCCGGGAAACGCUGGCUAGUGGUCACUUCAUGUCUGUGAUCAACAUCUUGAUGCAGCUCCGUAAAGUGUGUAACCACCCCAACCUGUUUGACCCUCGGCCCAUUCACUCCCCCUUCAUCACCAAGCCUAUCGUCUUCCACACUGCCUCCCUGGUACAGCGAGCCCUGGACGUCUCCCCAUUCAAGCGCUGCGACCUGUCCAUGUUUGACCUGGUGGGUCUGGAGGCCAACGUGUCCAGGUACCAGGCCGACGUGUUUCUGCCUUCCAGGAAGGUCACCCGUCAGCUGAUCCAGGAGGUCAUGGAGUCUCCCGACCCCCCUCCCCGUCCCAAACCCGUUCGCAUGAAGGUCAACAGGAUGUUCCAGCCCUUACCUAAGGCUGAUGGUCGCACGGUGCUGGUGGUGAACAAACCCCGACCCACCUGCCCUGUCACCCCUGCUGCUCAGGCCUCAAGGACCCCUCUCAUCCAGGAUGUGACGCCAACCCCUACACCGCCAGUCCAACAAACAGUGUGUUCAGUGGCACCCACAGCCCCUCCUCGCCCGCCCUUGCACCCCAGUGGCCCCUCUGUCAUGAGGUCCAGCUCCCCAAUGCCAGUCCUGGCCGUACGCCCACCCACCACUUCCUGCAACCCCGCCACCCAUCUCACCCCUCCUCCCAGCAACGUUUUGACCCAACGAGUUUUGCUCAGCCCAGACAUGCAGGCCCGGCUUCCCUCUGGGGAGGUAGUGAGUAUCGCCCAACUGGCCUCAUUGGCCGGGCGUCCUGUGUCAUCGUGCCAGGGCAGUAAGCCUGUCACCUUCCAGCUGCAGGGGAACAAGCUCACCCUGUCUGGGACCCAGCUCCACCAGGUUCCCAUGGCACCUCCACGCCCAGUACAAGGUAACGUCAUGCAUCUGGUGACCAGCGGAGGGCAGCACCACCUCAUCAGCCAGCCAGCCCAAGUAGCAGUUUUCAGUUCAGCCAAUACCCACGCUGUCCCCACCUCUCCUGUACCCUCGGGAAUCCAGCUGCCUUGCAAUUCUUCUCAAGUGCCCUCCUCCGUGGUGACCAGCUCUGGGAUUGUGAAGAUCGUGGUACGCCAGUCAAGCAAGGAAGGAGGGGUGUACCCACCCUGGCAGUGCCCCCUUCUCCUCGUAGCCCCCCAGGCGUCAACCUCCAUGCACCAUCAUGCCAAUACUGCCAUGAGAACUCCUGCCCCCCAGCAAACGGCCCAUCGCCACCCCGGGCCCACCACUGCUCAAUACACCCUGGCCCCCCCUAGAACCCCUACCUCAGUCACAAUUAGGACCUGUACCCCAGCCCCCCCUCGAACCCCUGCCCCCCCCCGUAAUCCGACCUCAGCCCACAGUCAGUCCCAGCCCCCUCGCCCAGUGCUUAAGGUAGUAACGGGACCAGCAGAAACCAGCACAGAACAGAAAGCGCGUGUGAAUUCUACGUUGACGUGUGAGGAGAGCAGCGACACCAAAUCAGCCGUUCCUAAAUCAGGGUCCCAUGUUGGUGGAUUUGUCCCCCCUCGACCUCGGGCACAACCUCGCCCACCUCCUCGCUCCCCCUUCUACAUGUCAUGGCUGGCAGACAGCCGCAAGAGGCAGCGAGACAGCCGCCUGGCCCAGAUCAUCCGGAUCAAUGACCUCCACUGCAGCGCCAAGCCCGUGUUUGGCCAUGAGGUGCUGGACUUCCUCACCUUCCUCCCGGGCUCCUGCCCUGCUCCGGCCCCCAGGGCCCUGGGUCAGUGGGGUCGCUCGGGCCACGCCGCCUGCCUGUUCGCCCAGUCCCACAGCACUACGGACUACUGGGACCAGAGCUGCGCCCUGAGAGAGGGCAUCCACACCACCGAGGACAGGCUGCAGCUGCUCAAAGAUGUGAUCGAACGGUUUACGUUUGUGAUCCCGCCGGUGGAGGCUCCAGCCAUCACCAUGCACAGCUGCCACCCCCCUCCGUCUCUGAACCACCAGCAGGCCGUGUUCACCUCGCUGCUCUCCUCCCAGGUGGCCCCGCUCGCACGCAGUCUGCACCGCAUCCAGUGCAACAUGAGGACCCACUUCCCUGACCUGAGGCUCAUCCAGUACGACUGCGGUAAACUGCAGACGCUCCACACCCUGCUGCGUCGGCUGAAGGAGGGCCAACAUCGUGUUCUCAUCUUCACCCAGAUGACCCGCAUGCUGGACGUGCUGGAGCAGUUCCUCAACUACCACGGACACAUCUACCUCCGCCUGGACGGCAGCACCCGCGUCGAGCAGAGACAAUCCCUGAUGGAUCGCUUCAACGCCGACCGCCGCAUCUUCUGCUUCAUCCUGUCCACGCGCAGCGGCGGCGUGGGGGUGAACCUGACGGGCGCCGACACGGUGGUGUUCUACGACAGUGACUGGAACCCUACCAUGGACGCCCAGGCCCAGGACCGCUGCCACCGCAUCGGACAGACCCGCGACGUCCACAUCUACAGGCUGAUCAGUGAGCGCACGGUGGAGGAGAACAUCCUGAAGAAGGCCAACCAGAAAAGAAUGCUGGGAGACAUGGCCAUAGAAGGAGGCAACUUCACCACCGCUUUCUUCAAACAGCAAACCAUCAGGGAGCUGUUUGACGUGAAUGAGGGGGAGAAGAAGGAGGUGACCCCAGAGCCGUCUGUGCCCCAGCCAGAGGAGGAAGAGACGGGCAACAAACAGAGCACCACCAUCCUGGAGCAGGCCCUUUGUCGUGCUGAGGACGAGGAGGACAUCGUCGCUGCCUCCCAAGCCAAAGCAGAGCAGGUAGCUGAACUGGCAGAGUUCAACGAGGCCAUCCCAUUGGACGAGGCUGGCGAAGGGAGGGACCCGGAAGAGGAGGAGCUCUCCAAGGCCGAGCAGGAGAUAGCGGCUCUUGUGGAGCAGCUCACUCCUAUAGAGCGCUACGCUAUGAAUUUCCUGGAGGCUUCACUGGAGGACGUGUGCAAGGAGGAGUUAAAGCAAGCAGAGGAGCAGGUGGAGGCUGCCAGGAAGGGGCUGGACCAGGCCAAGGAGGAGGGCCUGAAGAUGCAUGCAGGCUCCUCGGACAACGACGAUGAGGACUUCGCAUCACAGCCAGCGGAGGAGCCCUCGCCGCCCGGGUCGGGCCGUCGCCCACGCAAACACAAAGAGAAAGGCGCCCCCUCCACCAGAAUCAGCGGUAGGCUCCGAGGAGCCACGGCCUCCCCACCGCCCACUUCCCCAGAGCCAGAGUCCGAUUCCCCCACCCCCAGAGAAGUGCCUGAAAGGCUCCGCUCAGCUCUGAGAGGACGAGGGGGGACCAAAGACACUACCACCACACCGUCCCGCACAGAGCACUUCAGGGCCCACAUCUCCUCAUCAAAGGAAUCUGCCAAACCUGCAUCCACAACCCCGGCCUCUCCUUCUAGAGACUCUAGCCUCAAAUCCGGGUCGGCAGCGCCACCUCUCGGAUCCCAGUCCCAUUCCAGCUCAGUGCCUUCCACUGCCACUAGUCCUCUAGCUGGGAAAUCACUGACACUAUCAGGGGACUCACACACCUGGUCACCCAGCAGGGAGAGGGCAGUGUGUAUCACCUCAGAGUCCACGUGUCCGGUGGACCACCAGUCAUACUCUGCCCAGGCCAGGGACUAUGACAUUAGGGACCAGGAGUCCCUGUCUCCCAACUCCGUGUGCCCUCUCUCCCGGUCGCCACGCAAGCGGCAGUCGGCUGACGGGGAGGUCCUGCUAGGCCUUCCGGAACAUUCCCCGUCGGCCAAGGUCCUGCGGAAGCUCCCUGGUCGCCUGGUGACGGUGGUGGAGGACAAGGAGCCCAGAAAGAGGAGGAGGAGAGGCAGCGGGACAGGAGGAGGCUCAUCAGAGGAGACGGAGAACGCUGAGUCGGGCCGAGUCUCAGACGAGCCAAGCAGAGACUCCCAAACCCCUGACAAAACCAGCCAGACACCCGAAGAGAAAGGGACUGCUUCAAAAUACUCAACGACCACCAAACUCACAGAGGACCAAGAAUCCCCCUCAACACACACCUAUCCGGCCAGAAGCUACCUCCCUUACUCCCCGCCCCACCAAUCCCCUGACAUGCCGGUGCUGAGGAACCUGCCGGUGCGGCAGCGGCUGGAGAGCGAGUCUCGCGUGGCGGCGCAGUUAGGAGAGCUGGGCCGAGGGAGGGGAGGGAACUACCACAGGAAAAUGGACAAUCAGCCAGGAAAAGACGGCAAUGUGUCCUCACCCGCUAAUAAUGCUAACUCGACCCCACCAGUGAAACGAAAGAGGGGCCGACCCCCCAAAACUCCCCUUAGGUUGGCGGUAUCCCAGCCAGAGCAUGUAUCUCCUCCCCAGCCCACCUCAGCAAGUGAGGUGAGCCCCGCUCUCUCCCCAAAACGCAAGCGGGGUCGUCCCCGCAAGGACUCGACAACUGUAAAGAAUGCUGUGGGUGCAGGACAUAACUCAACCUCCAGCACCACCAGCCAACCUGGUUCCAUGUCUGAGGCUGUUAACACAGAACCACUACUCCCAUCUGCCCCCACUGAGCCUCAAACUGUGGCCGCCUCUGCUAUCUGCACCAGCCAAGACUCUCUGUCUACCAAAGCUGAGGACUCUACCGCAACAUUAAAACCAAACACUAAGACUGAGGUCCUUACCACAACCCCAACUGCUAUCCUGGCACUAAGCCCAGCUCAAAUCCUUAACACAACCGCUAUUCCUGCGCCAAGCCGAACUCGAGUUCCCAUCUCAAGUCCAAUCUCUGUCUCCACCUCAAGCUCAGCAACCAUCUCCACCCCGGUUCCAAUUUUAGUCCCUGCCUUAAGCUCAAUCUCUGUUCCUGCUUCAAGCUCAUCCACAGUUUCCAUCCUAAGCUUACCCACAGUAUCCACAUCGAGGCCGCCCUUUAGCCCUACCUCAAGGUCAACCUCUGGCCUCAUUCGAAUUCCAACUGCAGUCCUCACCUCAACCCUUGCCCAAUUCCUUACCUCAAGACCUAGAGUCUCCACUUCUCCACCAAUCUCCACAACUACCACACAAAUCGUCACCCCUACCCCCAACAAGAUCUCCACUCCUCCCCUUGCCCAAAUCACUAUCCCUACACCAGCUCAAAUCUCCAAAAUGGCCACAUCAGUCUCUACUCCAACCAUCACCCCCACUCCAGCCCCUACACCAACACUCACAAAUGUCAAACAAACCCCUACUCAGUGCCCUACCACAAUUGUUGCAACCCAUGUACCAACACUUAGAAAACUCACCACAACCUCAAUCGCAAAUCUGACCACCAUUUCCACACCAGGCCCAAGUAUAAUCGUCACCACCGUCACACAAGCCCGAACCGCCGCCAUCACUGCAACAACCUCCAUACCAACUUCUACCAAAAUCACCAUCGCAACCCCCACACCAGCCCCUACACCAACCACCACACUAACCGCUACACCGCCCCCACCCAGAACUGUCACCACUCCUACACCGCCCCCACUCAGAACUGUCACCACCGCUACACCGCCCCCACCCACAACUGUCACCACCGCUACACCGCCCUCAUCCACAACUGUCACCACCGCUACACCGCCCCCACCCACAACUGUCACCACCGCUACACCGCCCCCAUCCACAACUGUCACCACCGCUACACCGCCCACACCCACAACUGUCACCACCGCUACACCGCCCACACCCACAACUGUCACCACCGCUACACCGCCCACACCCACAACUGUCACCACCGCUACACCGCCCACACCCACAACUGUCACCACCGCUACACCGCCCACAACUGUCACCACCGCUACACCGCCCACAACUGUCACCACCGCUACACCGCCCACAACUGUCACCACCGCUACACCGCCCACAACUGUCACCACCGCUACACCGCCCACAACUGUCACCACCGCUACACCGCCCACAACUGUCACCACCGCUACACCGCCCACAACUGUCACCACCAUCACAUCAACUCCUACCCCAACCCUCACCCGUUCCCAAGUACACAACUCCACUACCAACAAAAUCGUCACCCAGAUAUCCACCCCAGCCCCCACUCCAAGUUCAACAUUAGUCCUGCCCCUGGCCCAAAUUCCUAUUACAUCUACCCUCUCCAGCAACUCUACUGCUGUGGCUGCCACAGAGAACCAGGCUGUGGAGACUGCCCAGAAUCCAGAUUCAGAGAACAUAAUAGACAUGGAGGUGGAGACCCAGGCAGUUAAAGUCGACAAAAAGGAGGAGGAUGGAGAAGAGGAGAUUAGUGACUCUCAACCGAAAAAGAGGAAAGUGGAGAAUUCUCCUGAAGCCAAAGACACUGUCCUUUCCACUCCCUCUCUCACUGACCCAGAGACUCCAGUGGCUCCUCGGCCAGAGGAAACAGAUAAGAAGUUAGAGGAGAGCGCCGGAGAUGACAAAGCCGCCAGCAAGAAGAGGCCUCUCAGUCGCCAGAGCAGUCAGGAGUCGGUGCGCUCCUCUUCUCCUUCCUCGGUGUGCUCAACAUCCAAUCCCACCCAGUCAGCCCAAUACAAGAAGAGUGCAGAGAAGAGAGCACCUGCCAAGAGGAGGCGAGGAGAGGUUCUGUCUGACCCAGAGAAGGGAGAGUUUAAGACUGAGAAAGAGUCCAACAACGCCACUCGGAGGAGGCAGUCCAGGUCCUCUUCUUCAGACUCGGACCCCUGUGAAACCAGGAAAGAGCGCCUCACCCGCUCGUCCCAGAGCUGGCAGGAGAAAGAGGGGGAUGGAGAGGGCAACAGGCGGAGAAGAAGACCCGCCAGGAGCUCUGAAUGGGAGGGCAGGACUGUGUCCAACAACACCGGUACUGGGGAGUCUGGCAGCGAGACAUCCUCUGUGAGAGUCACCCGGAAAUCCUCUGGUCCUCUGCCCAACUCGGAGAGUAAACCCCAGUCGAACAGUGUGCCCUCUACCCCUCCCCAGCCAGAGGUCCUGGGAAAGAGAUGUUCAGCCCUGAACGCUGCAGCCAAACUCCUUGCCAUGCGAGGCAGGGUCGACACCCCUGGCAGCAGGAAAGACCCUGCGGCUAAGGCUGCUGGGCAGAAUGCCAUUUCUCCCGCUUCUUCUGACAAGAACCACAAAUCCAAAUCUAAAAGUGCACCAGCCACUCCGCAAACAAACUGCAACAACAAAGCAGGAAUCAGCAAGAUGACCCCCACCAAGUCGAGCCGCACCGCCGCCCGCUCCACCCGCCAGUGCCCUGGCGCCCUCGUCCCGCCCCUGGAGACAGACAACAAGAGAGGGAGCAAGAAGGAGGAGAGUGAAAAAGAAAAAAAGAAGCCCUCGGAGGAGAAGGAAGAGGGGGGCGAGAGGGAGACUCGCUCAUCCAGGGGCCACAGCGCCUGCAGCAGUGUGAGCAGCGAUGGUGGAGGGAGUAGCCGGAGCAGCAGCAACAGCAGCCAGCGCACCCACAGCCUCAGCUCCCAGAGCACCGGGCCCAGGCUCAACAGCUCGCGAGCACCAUCAUCCAGCAGCGAACGUGAACGCAGCACCGAGAGGGGCAGGAGGCGCAGCCACAGGAAGGAAGGAGAAGGCUGGGGGAGGGAGACCCGGAAGGAAAGAAAGGAGAGGCACGCCCAGAAGCGGGAGAGGCUCUCACAGGAAGGGAACGCUGGCUCGGGAGAGGGCACCCCGGAUAGGGUGCUGCGCAGCGUGGCGGCUAUGGCAGCAGCUCAGGCCCGCACACCGGCAGCCAACACCCGCUCCUCCCGGUCUUCCUCUGCCCAACACAACAAGACAUGAUGGAAUAACAAUAUAUAUUUUUUAAACUGAGAGAGGGAGUGAGGGAUUCUGACUGGGAAAUGGCCUCUAAAGUUGCUGCUUUGUCUACACUGAUGGAGGCCAGAGCAGAACUAUGUGUUGUGCAGGUCAGUGACCUCCCUCCCUCUUGGGCCCUCUCCCCCACCCCACAUUAGAGCUGGUCUCCUCCAGUUCCGCCAUCAUCAACUGGGGAAAGGCUUAGAGAUGCCCGACUGUUUGCAGAGAGAAAGGUGCCACCAUGGUAGAGCCCUUCCAGAAGUGAGGUGUUGUAGUCCUGAAGGUGUCACUUCAUACGGACAGUGGCUUGAGUGCACACCGGGGACUUUGGGACGAGGUGGGUGCGAGUGAGUUAUUUGUUAGUUCACACUAUGUACUGUAAAACAUUUAAAAAGACUGGAAUACUAAGAGAUGUAUGUGUUCGAGAGAGGAUUAGAUUACGCCCAAUAUGCAGAUUUUAUCCUCUGCCAGGGUUAUCGGUGGGAAUCAUUCAUGCGACAUUCAAAAUAAUAUUUUGAGUGACAGUUGUUUUAGACUUUUUGGGUUCUGGACAUUUUGUCAGCUGUUCUGACCUCUGUUGAUAAGUUAUGGAUAUUUUAUGGUUUCUUCCAGGAAGAGAGCAGAUCUGUAAAUGUGAUCUUUACUGCACUAUGCUGGAGUUACUCUUUGCUUGGGCCUCUCUGUAUCUUGUCAUUUUCUGUCCAUCUGAUUUUUUUAAAUCCAGCCUGCAUUUUUCCUUUGCAUCUGACAUGUCCUCAGCAUUUGAGUGCAUUGUGGUGUAGUAUUUUACAUCAAUUUCAAUCAAAUUACUACUACGUUCCUGGUACCUCACACAAUAUAACUCCAAAUAUGGCUGUCUCUCUCAAGCUUGAUAUGCAUCUCGAAGAUGCAAAUUAUUUUACUCACUGGCAAUGCAGAAAGAAACGGGAGCAGAACCUUGAUGUAACUCCUCACCUUUCCAAAGUCAGACAUUAUGGUCAACAUUUCAUGUAGUUUAUACUAAAAGGGUGUUGAAUCAGUGUGAAUAAAAAAAACAUUAGUGCCGAGUGGGUGAACGGAGAUCCCAGUUUGCUUUGUAAAGUACUUAAUGUUGGAGUGUGGAACUGAGUUGUCAUUUGCCACAAAAAAAGAUAUGCUUUCUGUAAAUCACGAGAAAAGCUCCCUAUGCACCAGUGCUACCAAAUUCUUUAUUUUUUUACAUCUGAAUUUCUAUCAUUUCAUUGCUCCUCUUUCAUGUAAGGACUUAAAAUGGUGCAGAUGGCUCUGUAAAUUGUUAAUUAACUUUGAGGACUUGCAUUUGUCAAAGCAGUUUUUGGGCAGGGUGAUGUUUGAGUGAAUGGGUGGAAUAUGGUGAUGGUCUUAUCUUGAUUUGUCCCUUUAAUUUGUUACAUUCCUUUGUUCCCUUGUAAUUCCACAUUGUUUUACUUGAAAGACAAAAUGACAGUUGAAUAAAAGACCAAAAAUGUA